CUGGGCGCUGGCUUGCAGGCUCGUGACGGUUUGAAACAAAAUGUCUUUUUAUUUAACUGAUUGUGAACUUGAUAUCACAGCAAGGGUUCGCUUCACCUUGGUGAGUUGACUGUUUAUGAGCCCCCCGCGCGACACUGUUGAGUUGGGAUUUUAGCUUGUUAUUGGGUAGAAUUGUGGACAUUUUGGAUACAUUUUGACAUAGGUGCACUGAUUGUUUGCAAGAUUUGUCAUUUGCUAGCCUCGUUAGCAUUGUACUGUAGUUUUUUUUUAAAUGUUAUUUUAAAGAAACUUUAUUGAAAUUAGCAUUGCGCCUGUCGUGUAUGCUACUAGUUAGCCCACUAGUAGCCACAAAAUUCCAUACAUUGCUAGUUAUUUUAGAGAUAUUAUGCUUCUGGUGACAUCGAUGAACACAAUGACGAUUAAUUGAAUGUAGCUAUAUAGAUAAAGUUACAAUGUGGAGGUAUUUGAGAGCAGUAGUGGCAGUUUAAACAGCGUGAUGCAGGCAAAGCAUUUCAAUUAUCAGAAGUUAUUAGCUGCUUUUGUUUUUUGUUCCUUUUUUAAAAAUUCAUUUGUAGCAUUAAAUACUCGGUUAUUUUAUUUAUUGUAUGUAAUAAAAUACAAUAUGCUAUGUUGUGAUGUAAAGUAAAAAAAAAUAAAAUAAAUGCUAUUCAAAAUAUAUGUUUUUGAUUUAUUGACUUAGACCAAUGUGUACGGUAAUAAAUACUUUGCUGGGUUUACAUGGGUGUCGUAUUUUUAUUUUAGCUUCACAAUACAGGCAAAAUAUAUGAGGCGUGCUUUCCAAACUUGUCUCAAUACUGUAGUGCCUAUAUGUCAAACUCAGGCCCGGGGGCCAAAUUUGGCCCCCGAUGUAAUUAUAUUUGGCCCUAACCCUAAGACCGUAUUAAAUGUGUAUUAGAGCUGGCCCAUCAGUAUAUAGCACAUACGCCACGAAUAUUAAAAAUCCCAGAAUGCUUUACUAGUGUGUUGGUCCAUCUAGACCAGCGAGCGCCCCUUCCCAUUCUCUUGCAGUCGUUCGUAACUAUGCUACCAGUCUCCUCGAGUAAAUUUACACUUCCCCUUCCCAAAAAUGGCCAAACGAAAGAUGGAAAAUGGUUAAUUUCCAAGACAGGUGGGAGGCAGAUUGUUUGUUCACUAAAGUAAAAGACAGACCUGUUUGUCGUGUGCGGAGCGACGUGACUGUAACAAAGCAUAAAACAUAAUUGAAGUCAUGUUUGUUUGUUUUUUAACGCCCUUUAUCAACUCCGAGGCAGGGACUGUUAAUAGUUUGAGGUUUGGAUUUUUAUUGAAGGACAUUCUUAUUUUUGAGGUUGUUUUUGUUGUUGACCUUUGAAAAAAGAUUUGCAUAAAAAAGAAAGGCAGUUGGAGAUCGAUAAAUAGAAGAUAGAGAGAAGAAUUCAUGUUAUCUAUUUAAAUGCGAACAAACAAACAAAUACCACCGAUGUCUUCUAUCGCAAAUGUGAUUUCUUGUGUAAUAAUAUUCAAGUUUGUUUAUUCCAGAUUCAGUGUUUAAGCAAAAUGUAAGUUUGUUGUCAAUGAUAAACUUUAACGCUACAUUUCUGCAGAAAAGGGAAACGUGCACAUCGCAGUGAUUUUUCAUUAAAUAUUGCGUUUGGCCCGCGACGUUGUCCCAAUUUUUAAUUGGCCCACCGUGAAUUUGAGUUUGACACCCCUGCUGUAGAGUAUUAAGAAGGCUGAAGUCGUGAAGUGACGUCAUUGUAAUGAGUAAGUAGACACACCAGAUGGCGCUAUUACCCCUCAGUCUAAUUCUGACCUAAAAUGACAUCACUUUUGAAUUCAAUGUACCCAAUUUACAAUGUGCUUAAAUUUCAUUUCAUUUUUUAUUUUAUUUUUUUAGAACAUGCAUAGAAUUGGGCUGUGGAGUUAGAAUUCCAUUUUUAUUUUUAUUUUUUUUCCCCCCUUAAUCAAAUCAACCUCGGUGGCUUGGUCGUGCAAGUAAAGUGCAACUUUCACUUUAAAAGAAGGCGCGUCCGCGCUUGUGCGGCGGCGUGUGUUUAUCCUGCGAGCCUCCUGCGGGCACAUGGAGGCAGGCCGCCCGCCGUCCCUUUGCAUCCACAACCUGGCGACAUGUGAGCCGCAUUCGGUGCCCCGUUUCCCUCUGCUACACCUUCGUUUUUUUUUUCGUUUUUUUUGUUUUUUGUUUUUUUCUUUCCCUUGCACCAGCUUGAAGCUCCGCGAGGAUUGCUAGGCAAUAAAGGAGUCGGGAGCCGCCGUGGAUCCGCGACAUGGAGGCGGCGCCGGGCAGGAGCUGCUGCCGGGAGCGCACCUUGGCCGAGCGGCAGUGAGGGGAGAGGAGGUGACGGGAUGGCAGCCUCCAGCAACUCCAGCCUCUCGGGUUCAUCCGUGUCAUCUGACCCUGAGGAUUACCAACCACCAAUAUGGAAGUCCUACUUGUACCAAUUACAGCAGGAGGCCCCGAGACCGAAAAGGAUCGUAUGUCCCAAGGAGAUGGAAACCAGGCCCAAAUACUACGGCAGAGAAUUUCAUGGCAUGAUCUCUCGAGAGUAUGCAGAUGAGCUUCUCAGGGCAGCCGAUGGUUCCUAUUUGAUCAGGGAAAGCCAAAGACAGCCCGGGACACACACAUUGGCCUUACGAUUCGGGCCGCAGACGCUCAACUACAGGCUGUUCUACGAUGGGAAGCACUUUGUCGCCGAGAAGAGGUUUGAGUCGGUGCACGACCUGGUCACGGACGCCCUCAUCACUCUCUACAUCGAGACCAAGGCGGCGGAGUACAUCGCCAAAAUGACUGCAAACCCCAUCUACGACCACCUUGGGUACACCUCGCUGCUCAAGGACAAGCUGGUGCACAGGCUGAGCCGCGGACGCACGGAAUCCCGCAGGGUCACCUUCGUGAGGGAUGAAAGGAUCUCGUCCUCUCUGGUUCGGCAGAGCGCCUUGAAAGACACCGCGGAGAAGCGGUGCUCCUACGAGAAGAUCCACAACUUCAAGGUACACACCUUUCGAGGGCCACACUGGUGCGAGUACUGUGCCAACUUCAUGUGGGGCCUGAUUGCCCAGGGUGUCCGCUGCUCAGAUUGCGGGCUGAAUGUACACAAACAGUGCUCCAAACUGGUUCCCAGCGACUGCCAACCGGACCUGCGGCGGAUAAAGAAAGUGUUCAGCUGUGACCUCACCACGCUGGUCAAGGCCCACAACACCCCGAGGCCCAUGGUGGUGGACCUCUGCAUCCGAGAGAUCGAGCUACGAGGUAUGAAAUCCGAAGGUCUGUACAGAGUGUCCGGCUUCUCGGAGCACAUCGAGGACGUGAGGCUCGCCUUUGACCGAGAAGGGGAAAAGGCUGACAUCAGUGCCAGUGCCUAUGCAGACAUCAACAUCAUUGCUGGUGCUCUGAAGCUCUACUUGAGAGACCUCCCCAUCCCUGUCAUUACCUUCGACUUGUACCCCAAAUUCAUUCAGGCAGCAAAAAUUCCAAAUGCUGAAUGCAGACUGGAGGCCGUCCACGAGGGUUUGCUGCAACUUCCACCGGCUCACUAUGAGACCUUACGCUACCUGAUGGCUCACCUCAAGAGGGUCACGACGUUCGAGAAGGACAAUUUGAUGAAUUCUGAGAACUUGGGCAUUGUCUUUGGUCCGACGCUGAUGCAGCCCCCAGAGCAAAACGCCCUGACCACGCUGAACGACAUGAGGCAGCAGAAGCUUGUGGUGCAGCUCAUGAUAGAACACGAAGAUGUCUUAUUCUAGCUGCCACCUACCACGACCACAGACGCUUAUUUAUUCUGUCUACCAGGAAAUCCAAGCCACCUUGAGGAGAGUCAUUUAUGAUCACAGCGUUCUUGAGGAGCUUCCUUUUCACGCAUGACUGUUUUGGUGUUGACAUUGUCUUGUUUCUGUCUGUUACGGAGUGCGACACUCUGCCAACACGUUUGAUUGAACACAAGAUCCGAGAUGUUUACAACCCGCAGUGCUGUUCCCUGCUCUCUUUUAUUUGAAGAGUACGCCGCUUACCUUCCCGUGUACGCCGUGCGCAGUCUGUGAACGUCUGCAUUACGAGUGAACGUUCCCACGUGUGCAAUUUGUGGAUGGUUUGUGGGAAUGUUGGCUAACUUUUAUGGAAACAAUAGACAUCCUCUCAUUUUUAGGUCAAGAGAAGAUCUUUCAAUGAUGAAUAUUUUAUGUGUACAAAAGAUGAGACAGUUGGUCAAUUCAUGAAGCACUUUUUUGCGACGUGUGUACAGAUUUGUUUUGUAAAGAUGUUUAUUUUUGUCUUUUUACUCUAAAUCAUGUUUUAUUGUCACAGUAAUAUAUACUGUAUACAUAUAUAUACAGUUGGGAAUGAUGCAUGUUCCAUUGGUGUCUGGAUACAAGA